AUGUCACUCCCUCAGACUGUGUCCUGGCUCAGUGCUGCCCCUUCUGUCCUGGAGGAGUGUAUGCUGUCCAUUUUAAACCCACAGCAGUUGAAGACCAUUCUCAGGCACCACGGAAGCCUUGGAUACUUGAACAGGACUGCACUUCCCUCCAUGGAGGAGUGUAAACUGUCCUCUAUGUCCCCUCCUCCCUGUAGAAGAGUGGUGGAUUCCACCCAGCUGACUAACACCAACAGCCAAUCAGACACAGAGGAGAGCGCAGAGAAGAUGAUCAAGGAGGAGGAGGACAUACUAAUAUAUAUUAAGCAGGAGGAUGAGGAUGGCGGGGAGAGACAGAGUGUGACAAUGGAGAGGGAGAAUGGUGCAACAGAUGAAGUGAGACUCUGGAUGGAGGAAGAGAUAAAGAGGGAUGAACAGGAAGAGGGAGGUGUAACCCAGCAGGGCACUCAGACUGAGAAAGGGGAGAAGAAUGAAAGAAAAUCAGAAGUUACUAUGGAGGCUCUAUGGCAGAGAGACAGAUCUCCCCAAGGACGGCAUGACCUUUCACCACAGAGGGGGAGCGAGUCACUGAUGCGCAAGGGUCAGGUCGUGACCCGGAAGAGAAAGAACGUUUCCCAGCUGGACAGACCCAUGGAACAGCCACCAUCUUCAUCAGAGAAAGAGACCUGUGCUGAAGCUCCCUUUAUUUCUCCUGUUGUCUCCCCAAGGAACCAAAUCACAGGGAACCUUGGGGAAGUGAGUGUUCACCAGCACCCUGAGACGGUUCACCCAGAGGAGCACAGCAGGCCUCUGAACUCUGGAGGAAAUGGAGCAGAGGAGCCACUGCCUCCCAGCAGCACACAUCAGCACCCCAAACCCCCCAAAACACUCCCCACCCCAACGCAGGCCCACACAGGCACUCCAGGGGCACACAUAUGCUCCCAGUGUGGGAAAGGAUUCACUACGCCAAGCCUUCUGACAAAGCACCGGCAAACUCAUACAGGAGGACAUCCUUACUGUUGCUCCCAGUGUGGGAAGAGUUUCCCUGUGUUAGGUAGCCUGAACAUGCACAAGCGAACUCAUACGGGGGAACGUCCUUACUGCUGCUCCCAGUGUGGGAAGAGUUUCAGUCAGUCAGGUAGCUUGAAAACACACCAGCGAACUCACACGGGUGAGCGCCCAUAUGAAUGCUCCCAGUGUGGGAAGAGUUUCAGUUGUGUGUCUGCACUGAAAGAACACCAGAGAACUCAUACAGUUGAGCAGCCGUAUAAAUGCUCCCAGUGCGGGAAGAGUUUCUCUAAUUUGCGCUAUGUGAAGAAACACCAGCAAACUCAUACAGGAGAACGCCCGUAUAAAUGCUCCCAGUGUGGGAAGAGUUUUGCUCUGUUGGGUGAUCUGACACGUCACCAGCGAACUCAUACAGGUGAGCGCCCGUACCACUGCUCCCAGUGCGGGAAGAGAUUCAGUCAUGUAGGUAGCCUGAAAUGUCACCAGCAAACUCAUACAGGUGAGCGUCCGUAUGAGUGCUCUGAAUGUGGGAACAGGUUCAGCCGUUUGUCUGCUCUGAAAGUACACCAGCGCUCUCAUACAGGUGAGCGCCCGUACAAAUGCUCCCAGUGUGGGAAGAGUUUUACUCGUUCGUAUGCUUUGAAAGUACACCAGCGAACUCAUACAGGUGAGCGCCCUUACCAUUGCUCCCAGUGUGGUAAGAGUUUCACUCGGUUGUGUUACCUAAAAGUACACCAGCAAACUCACACAGCAGUUUUCCCCGACCCUGCCCCCAGUGUGGGAACAGUUCCACUCUGUUAGACUAACUCCUGACCCUGCUCCCAGUGUGGGAACAGUUCCACUCUGUUAGACUAACUCCUGACCCUGCUCCCAGUGUGGGAACAGUUCCACUCUGUUAGACUAACUCCUGACCCUGCUCCCAGUGAGGGAACAGUUCCACUCUGUUAGACUAACUCCCGACCCUGCCCCCAGUGUGGAACAGUUCCACUCUGUUAGACUAACUCCUGACCCUGCUCCCAGUGUGGAAACAGGUCCACUCUGUUAGACUAACUCCUGACCCUGCUCCCAGUGUGGAAACAGUUCCACUCUGUUAGACUAACUCCCGACCCUGCUCCCAGUGUGGGAACAGUUUCACUCUGUUAGACUAACUCCUGACCCUGCUCCCAGUGUGGGAACAGUUCCACUCUGUUAGACUAACUCCCGACCCUGCUCCCAGUGUGGGAACAGUUCCACUCUGUUAGACUAACUCCUGACCCUGCUCCCAGUGUGGGAACAGUUCCACUCUGUUAGACUAACUCCCGACCCUGCUCCCAGUGUGGGAACAGUUCCACUCUGUUAGACUAACUCCCGACCCUGCUCCCAGUGUGGGAACAGUUCCACUCUGUUAGACUAACUCCUGACCCUGCUCCCAGUGAGGGAACAGUUCCACUCUGUUUGACUAACUCCUGACCCUGCUCCCAGUGUGGGAACAGUUCCACUCUGUUAGACUAACUCCCGACCCUGCUCCCAGUGUGGGAACAGUUCCACUCUGUUAGACUAACUCCUGACCCCGCUCCCAGUGUGGGAACAAUUCCACUCUGUUAGACUAACUCCCGACCCCGCUCCCAGUGUGGAACAGUUCCACUCUGUUAGACUAACUCCUGACCCUGCUCCCAGUGUGGAACAGUUCCACUCUGUUAGACUAACUCAGAGUUUGUGAGCUGAGUGUAAGAGGAGCGUGAGCACGAGUGACCGUAAUGUGACUGAAGUGAGGAGCGGGUUUCCAUAAAUGUGGAGCGUCAGCCUGAGCGGUCGCUCCGAUACGCUCCUGAACCGCUCACAUGGAGCAGUCAGCUCUGGCAUGACCGCACGGUCCUCAGUGUCACGUCCAGACUAAGAUGGGAAGCUCCUGAGCGGAGAUGCUUCACUCCCGUUUUCUGAAAAGCCUGAACUGGGUGUGAUUGGUGCCACUUGAGCAUCUUGUCAUCUGCUGAAAUCAUCUGUGGGAAUCAAAGACGGCAGUGUGCAGAAACAAUAGCCACCCUUUGAUGACUCAUCUUUUAGUGAUUAGUUUUGAUCAUUGAUGAGUUUAUACACCAUGUGACGCAUUGUUAAUUGUAAUUAUUAGCACAUUUGUUCAACCUUUGGUGACAGCACAAUAGACUGCUCUAAAAGAAUAGGAUUUAUUUGAGAGCUGCUGAUACUCGUGUGAAUAUUUGUGUGAAUAUUUGUAAAAAUAAAUGCUCACAUUGAGGACAAA